AUGCGCACGCCAUGGCGCCACACAUUGCGCGCACGCCAGGGCGCCACCGCAGAACCGACGCGCAUCCCCAUGCACUCUUCCCCCCCAUCGUCUCCCUUUCGCAAUUCCCCCGUGAACCGCACGCCGUUCCUGGUGCUGCAGGUGAGUCUACCGGUGGUGCGGCGGUUUGUGCGCGAGGUGACGGAGAGGGCGGUGGGCGUGGACGUGAUCCGCGGCGUGCGGCCGGACCAGCAGCUCGUCAAGGUGGUCAACGACCAGCUCGUGGCGCUCAUGGGCGGCAACGUCGCGGAGAUCGCGUACGCGCCUGAGGGCAAGGGCCCCACCGUGGUGCUCAUGGCGGGGCUGCAGGGCGUCGGCAAGACCACCGCGUGCGGCAAGCUCGCUCUCUUCCUCAAGAAGAAGGGCAAGGCGAGCAUGCUGGUGGCCACGGACGUGUACCGCCCCGCCGCCAUCGAGCAGCUGCAGACGCUGGGCGCGCAGGUGGGAGUGCCGGUGUACGCGGAGGGCACGGACGCACGGCCGGUGGACAUCGCACGGCAGGGCGUGGCGGCCGCCAAGAAGGCGGGCGUGGAUGUCGUGAUUGUCGACACAGCUGGUCGCCUGCAGAUAGACCGCAGCAUGAUGGAGGAGCUGAGGGGCAUCAAGGCAGCGGUGAACCCCACGGAGGUGCUGCUCGUUGUCGAUGCCAUGACGGGCCAGGAGGCUGCCAGUCUGGUGGCGGCGUUCAACGCGGAGGUGAGCAUCACGGGUGCCAUCCUCACCAAGGUGGACGGCGACUCACGUGGCGGCGCUGCUCUCAGCGUCAAGGAGGUGUCGGGGCGGCCGAUCAAGUUUGUGGGGGAGGGCGAGACGAUGAGCGCACUGGAGCCCUUCUACCCGGACCGCAUGGCCAGCCGCAUCCUCGGCAUGGGCGACGUGCUCUCGUUUGUCGAGAAGGCACAGGAGCUGAUGGACAAGGAGGACGAGGCGGAGCUGAGGAAGCGCAUCAUGGAGGCAAAGUUUGACUUCAACGACAUGCUCAAGCAGACGCGCAUGAUGGCGCGCAUGGGGUCCAUGGGCGGCAUGCUCAAACUCAUCCCCGGCAUGAACAAGCUGACACCGCAGCAGGUGCGCGAGGCAGAGAAGAGCCUCAAAGUCAUGGAGUCCAUGAUCGCCUCCAUGACCAACCAGGAGCGUGCGGACCCGGAGCUGCUUGCCAAGAGCCCGUCGCGCCGCCGUCGAAUUGCUAAAGGCUCGGGCAGAAGCCAGGAGCAGGUGAGUGCGCUGAUAUCGCAGCUGUUCCAGAUGCGAGUGCGCAUGAAGGCCGUGGCCGACAUGGUGUCUGGCAAGUCCAUGCCCGCCAUUCCCGGCCUCGACACAUCCGGCGCCAAGAAGGCCAGUUCCGGCAAGGCGAAGCGGAAGAAGAGCCGAUCUGGCUUCUCACAACAGCUAGGGGACAACACGGCAGUGGCUGCCGGAGCAAAAGGAUUCGGUGGUCGAAAUUAG